AUGUCUGGUUCCCCCACUAAGUUUCCCGAUGACGAGCGUUUCAAGAUCUACAAGGUCUACAAGAAGCACAAGAGCACAAGUGCUGAUGUGACCAGAGCCGGUACCCGCGUUUCAGCUGGAGGCACAGUGUCUUCAGCUGCUUCUCGAAAGGCUCUGGGAGAAGCCUUGGAUGGUCAGGUGGCUGAUUUGCGUAAGGAUGAGUCCAAAGCCAAAACCUCCAGUUCAAAUGGGAACAGGGGUGCCAACCGCAAUCAGAACAAACAGAAGGCAACAGGUCAGACAGAAGCAAAGCAACUGCAGAAAGACAUCAAAGCGCUUCGGGACAAAGCGCAGAAAGCCUGUGAACUGGCACUGGAUCUGACGACUUUGGGAAUCCCACACCAAGAGGCCAUGGCGGAAUGCUUGCAGACCCAUCACAAGUUCUUUCGGGCCCUUGCUGAGAAGAUGGAAGACGCUUCCUUCAAGAAGGUUUCCGUUUCUGACAUCAUGGCCAUGAAGAAAAAAAAGGACACGAAAAUCAAGGCUAUGUUGGGGUUGUUCAUAUGUUCGCUGUCCAUUUCAAGCCUCCCAUUCUUUGCCAAUUUAUUGCCCAGUGACAAAAAUCCUCCAGCUAUGACCGUUGCUGGCAGUCGGCGAUCGAAGACAUUGAAAACGCCUCGGGAACUGUGA